UCGAGAAUAUCAGCAGCACAAAGAACCAUCCUGUUUUGAAUACGGAAGUUUUUAUUCUGUUGUCGCACGUAAUGAAUAUGAAUCAGACCGGGAAUCAAUCGUUCUGACUGGCAGCUAAUUUGUGUGAAGUAAAGACACAGCAAUCUGGUUUUUAAACUAAAGCGAGAGAGAAAGAGAGAUGUCAGAGAGCAGCAGCUCGGUCCGCCUGCUGUCAUAUGAAACACUGGUGCACGCUGUGGCAGGUGCAAUGGGCAGUGUUACAGCAAUGACAGUGUUUUUCCCUCUGGACACAGCCAGGAUCAGACUGCAGGUGGAUGAAAACCGUAAGUCUCAGUCCACCCCCAUCAUUCUGGCUGAGAUAGCGAAGGAGGAGGGCAUAUUGUCUCUGUAUCGUGGCUGGUUUCCUGUCAUUUCUAGCCUGUGCUGCUCUAACUUUGUGUACUUCUACACAUUCAACACACUGAAGAGGGUCAUGGUCUCGGACCGCUCCAAGCCUAGCACAGAUUUGCUCAUGGGCUUCAUAUCAGGAGCUGUCAAUGUGCUCCUGACGACCCCUAUGUGGGUGGUGAACACGCGACUGAAGCUUCAGGGGGCAAAGUUCAGGAACGAAGAUCUCCAUCAGACCCACUAUAAGGGCAUAUUUGAUGCCUUCUCCCAGAUAAUAGCCAAUGAGGGAGUGGGAACGCUGUGGAACGGGACGUUGCCGUCUCUCGUGCUGGUGUUCAACCCCGCCGUGCAGUUCAUGUUCUACGAGGCCAUGAAACGAAGAGCAGGACAUGGAGGCAAGAAGAUAUCAUCAUUUGAGAUCUUUCUCAUCGGUGCCAUCGCUAAAGCCAUCGCAACAUCUGCAACGUAUCCUCUGCAAACGGUUCAGGCCAUUCUGAGGUUUGGCCAGUAUAAAUCAGACGGUAAAGGGGGUCUAGUGGGCAGCCUGAAGAAUGUAGUUUCUUUGCUAAUGGACCGGAUCAAGAGACAUGGGCUCUUGGGUUUGUAUAAAGGUCUAGAGGCGAAGCUGCUCCAGACUGUGCUGACGGCCGCCCUCAUGUUCGUGGUGUAUGAGAAGAUCACUGCCGCCACCUUCAAACUCAUGGGCCUCCAGAAGAAACUCAAGCACUGAGUCACUAACAACUAAUUUAUGACUACCUCUAACUAAUUUAUGACUACACACACCAACAGGAGGAGCUCCACAUAUCCCAUCAGCCAUUGCUCCACUGGGUACGGUUUCAGUCCUACCACAACAUAGGUCAGUUUAAA